AUGGCCGACUUGGAUGUCCUGCAGGCCUUCGCCCUGGAGCGCAGCAUGCAGCUGGAGUUCCUGAGGACGGCGUGCAUGUGCAGGGCUGUGAUCUGCUGCCGGGUCACCCCCCUGCAGAAAGCCCAGGUGGUGGAACUGGUGAAGAAACACAAACGGGCCGUAACUCUGGCCAUCGGGGACGGGGCCAACGACGUCAGCAUGAUCAAAGCGAAUAGCAGGCAGGUCUGGGUGAGGAGGGCGAAGGACUGA